AACGUGCAACAGGGCAAUAAGGUAGUAAGGUAGUAAGGUGGUGAAAAGUGAAAACUCCCGAGUCGAGGCUUUAAAGCAUUUUUUUCUAAUUAAAAUGGACAUGCCUCAAUGGGCUUAGCAGCACGUGUUGUGCUCCCUGGAGCGUCAAUCUUCGAUCUGCCAACGAGACCCCCACUCUUCAUCUGUGAAAAUUUACAUAAGUGGGAACUGGGAAGUGGUCGGUUCUCUCCACCCAAUCCGGUUUCGCCUGACGGAUUACCCUUUUGGAUGCAUACACGACUAUUUCUCUACGUGUGUGCUAGGUAAAAGUCUUGGACGUGAAAAGCUAUCAGGGGGAUCAACUGGGGGCUUGACCGCAAGCAAAAAGCCGCAGCACUUUUCGGCGAAAGGCCGCAAAAUCACUCAACCAGCAGCGCCAUAAAUUGUCGAAUGGCCCGUAGAAUUUGGUCUACAGAGAUCUCGAAACACUCACCUCCUCACAGUUUGAUUCUUGACGUUGUGCGGAGUGCGUGUGUGAAGUGGGAAGCCCGUCCGAAGGAUCCGCAACAAAAGUCCAAUCCAAGAUGUGGCAGCGACAGGUGUUGCUCCUCGGCAUUUGCGGGCUCAUAACAAUGAAGGUGGCAAGGAGCACCGCCAGCCGCUUUAAUGGCGCCACUUCCGCCGGCAGCCAAAACCCGCCACUGAAGCUGGAGAUGAAUGCAUGGCAGCCUUUCACGCAGCACAACAAUUGGCUCAUCCUCCAGGCAACUGCGCCCAGUUCAAUGCCGCCGGAGCGGCAGGAGAUCCGGGAAAGGAGAAAGGAGCCGGAACGACGGCUUCCUGUCAAUUUCUACGCCUACAACCAUCGCUAUAACGAGAGCUCCCCAUCGACGGGCGGAAAUUACAAACAGGUUCCUCCCAGCGAUCCAGCCAGCUACGUUUUGGCCAUCAGCCAGCAGAUGCGACGGGGCCAACUCCUACGCCAGCUGCCGAAUGCGGAGGAAGUCGAGCCGGAAGUUCGUAAGGUGGCUGCGACUUCAACUCACCCGGCUAAUGGUGAUGAUGAUGAUGACGAUGAAAGCGAAAUCCUUCCCAUGGAAGUCGGAGCGAGAGAACAGGCGUCGCUCCGGGGAAUCGAAUCCUUCUUGGCGCCCUUUGAACGCGCUUUAAUAAAAGUGCGCAACUUCUGCGACACCUUGAGGAGUGUGAUUAGCGACGAGUCAGAUGAGGCCGGUUCAAGUAAAUUGGAUGCCACCACAAGCGAAGCAGCCACAGCACCAUCAGGUGCACCGGCAACAUCAAAGGAACUCCUGGUUCAAGGUCGCGCCCAACGUCUGGGCCCGGAAUCGGAGGGCCGCAAGCUCAAGAAGCUGAAGAAGAAGAUCCAGAAGCUGCUGUUCCCCCUGCUGAUUGCCUACAAGCUGAAGUUCCUCACCCUCAUCCCGGUCCUCAUCGGCGGACUCACGCUGCUCGUGGGCACCACGGGUCUGGCCGGCUUCUUUUUCGCUCUCUUUACGGCCGUAAUGAGCCUGAAGACCUCCGGCGGUGGCGGCCAUGCCAGCAAGUCGCUCGUCUUGAAGAAACUCUGAGGAGUGCGGACUUUAAACACACUCGGAUUUGGCUGUUCGCCUUGGCUUAUCCAGCUGUGCAGCCAGCCAGUCGGCAUUGAUUUGUCUGGUCGGUGGCCAUAAAACAAGCGACGCCGAUUUUCUGAGAUAGCAACGACGCGCCCUCAAGUAAAACCAAGUAUGUACAUAACAGCAAGAGUCCCAAAAAACGAUAAACGAAUUGAAAAGAUUGCUUUUGCCUAGACGAAUAUAAAAGCUUUGCAGGAGAAAUGUGGUAUGGAAUUUUAUUAGGGUUUAGGUUUAGAUUUUAAUUAUUUAUUUAUUUAUUUCUGAGUUAAAUCAAAGAAAAUUCUAGACUAUGUGUACACGUUUGUUCUAUUUAAGCAACAAAAAAAUGCAAUCUUCUUUAUAUACAUUUUCAAUAUUAUUACUAUUGCGGAUAAAACUCUAAUUCUUAUGAAUUUAAAAUAACAAUGUUCUAUUAAGUAAUUAUCAAGGUAAUGCUCAGUAUGCUUUUAAAAUAUUUAUACUAAUUUAUUUUACACAUUUAAGCAUCAUUGUAUUUAUAGAAUCAGCAUCAAUGAUAGACUACUUUAAAUGUUCUUUCCUAAGCUUGCGUACGCGACUUCUCUUAUUUAAAAUGAAAAUGUAUAUUUAGUACAAAAAUAUGUAAGUGAAGAGGCAUUUUCCAAUUACUACAAACACACAAUCCCCGAAAAUUCCUUCGAUGGGCAGUAUAUAGUUUCAGCAGCAACCGGAUGCCAAAUAAAAAUACCGCUGACACCCAAACAACGAUAAAUUCCGCAGACACUUUGCAGUCGGUAAAGUCGGGGUUUUGGGCAUGAAAAGUGACGACAGCAAAAGCGUUAACGAAUGUUGACUGCUGACUGCGAUUAGUUCCGAGGCACGCGUGUGCAUUUAAAUGUGUUUGGACUUAGACGGCCUGUGAAUACAUAGCAUGCACAUAGGCCAGAGUUACAUAUGUGCGGGUCAACAAGAUAAGUCCAUUUGUCUCGUCUGGGCCACACCUAAUUCAGUUUGGAAGUUAUUUGAUUUCCCUGCGAAUAUACUCCCAUCAAGCCAACUUGUGUAAUUGUAAAAGCUCUGCUCGUUUGCUCCCUUAAUAUUGGGGAAAUUUAAUUAAUCCUAUUUCUGGCCCUCAGCCACGGGAGAUUACCAAAAAUUUACAUAAACACGAGUUCAAUAAAAGCCUUCAAAGCAAAUUCAAAUUAUUUUCAUGGCCAUUCCUGUUGAUGGCAAUGUUAUUAAUGAAUUUUUAAUAACAUUUUUAUUGGGUCUGCUACGGCCACAGAUUUGAUUGAAUUUCAGGGAAGCAGU